ACUCAAACACACAUGCACAAACUUUGUUUUUAUAUCUUAGUGAGGCCCUUACCUUAACCUUAACUAUCACAACUAAAUAAACCUUACUCUAAUCCUAACUCUAAAACCAGCUCUUAACCCUGAAAAAGCCCUUUAAAGUUCUGGGACCCAGACAAGGUCAAAAUGUCCCCACACAAAGAAAAGUUUGUACAUUUUUUGGACCUCACAAAGAUACAAAGUAAGUAGAGAAAGAUAGAUAGAUAGAUCGAUAGAUCGAUAGAUAGAUAUUUUAUUCAUCUUACAGAGAAAUUUACAAUAUGUUAGAGACACACAAACGCCAAAAUACACUAGAAACAGUUAGAAACCACUUCAAUAUUGCCUUAAUAAAUUUGGAUUAUAACGUCAUUUAUCAAACCUAAUGUCUUUUUAAGUAUAUUGUACAUAAAUGGUUUGUAUUUGCUAAAGUGAUAACUCGACUGUAAACAUGAUUAAAUAAACAAACAAACAAACUUUUGGACAUGCGCGCCUCUGUGUCUCCUGAGUGACGGAUCAUCAGUCGGCGUCAAUUAGCGUAAUGAGAAACGCUCACAGCGUCCAGCUCGUCCUGCAGACAGACAGACAUGCAGACAGACAGACAUACUGAGCCUAAACUCACUGUGGCAAAGACAGAGCGGAGGAAACAGGACGCAGCUGCUGCUGCUGCUGCGCUGAAGCUUUUUUUUCUUUAUCUGUCUUUCCUCCGGCUCCUCCUCACUGAAACUCUCUGCUUUCCUCCUGCAAACUCAGUGCGUGUUGUGUGUUGAGUGGGAGUGGGAGCGGGAGCAUGGCUGCCAUCAAGGCUCUGGAGCUGUGGUGUAAAACGCAGUGUGAUGGAUACCGAGAUGUGGCCAUCACCAACAUGACCACGUCAUUCAGGAGCGGACUGGCUUUCUGUGCACUCAUACACAAGUACAGGCCGGAUUUAAUAGACUAUGACUCACUCAGAAAGGAGGAUGUGUUUGAGAACAACAGAUUGGCGUUUUGGGUCGCAGAGGACAAGUUGGGGAUCCCAGCUUUGUUGGACGCUGAAGACAUGGUGGCUUUGAGGGUCCCGGACAGACUCAGCAUUCUGACCUAUGUGUCCCAGUACUACAACUACUUUAGAGGACGGACACCAAUGGGAGGUGUGAAAAGGCCAGCAGAGGGCUCCAAAGAGGAGCCAUCAGAGAAGAAAAAUCUACCAGUGGCUGCCAAAACUUUUGCACCUAAAACCACUCCUGACAAAUGUGUACCAUCCACUCUCACGGCUCCGGCCUCACCCAAAGUGACCAGAGCUGCAGCUCAGAAAGCAGUUUUGGCAGAAAACGCAAACAAAAGUGGAACUCUCAACAGCAAGUGUGCCGCAUGCAGGAGCCACGUUCAUCUGGUUCAGAGGCACUUUGUGGACGGCAAGCUCUAUCACAGAAGCUGCUUCAAAUGCAGCGAGUGCUCCGGCGUGCUUCACGCAGGAGGCUACAGAGCGGGCAAGAAUCCGGACACUUUCAUCUGUAACACCCACCACAACAGUUGCAAUCCUUCCUCCUCCGACGCGGGGACCAAAAACACACCCACCGGUUCAGCUGCGCGGCCAAACGGUGCCACUCGGAACCAGCCUGCGUCACGCCCCUCGUCCGUGCUGUCGGCGCCGCUGAAUGUUGUCCGGAAUCCAAAUAGUCCACCUGCUCCACCUGCUCCACCUGCUCCACCUUCUCCGUCCUGGACGGCCUCGGCCCAGAAGACGCAGGUGGCCCGGCAGAGGUUUUUCCAGGCUGCGCCUUCAGUCUCGGAGUCCUCGGCGGACAACAGGAAGUCUGCAGAGUUCACUGAUAUUCUGGCGUGGUCAAAGGUCCAACUGAGUUCUAAUGAGGAGAGGAGCAGAUCCAGGACUGCAGCUGGGAAGACACUAGCAGAAGCAAACUGCAACAAUAACAACAAACGGCCGUUCACUGUUCGCUCAGCAGAGAGACGGUUUGAGCCAAGUCCAGAUAAAUGCAGCGAAGGCCCAACAGGAAACUGGGCAGGACGGCCCACGGCCCGCCAGACAAACAAUAAGGAAUCGCCAGGUCUUGAGGUCACAGGCAGAGACGACACGGGGCCAACGACUGUACACACAAGCGCUCCAGUCUGCCGUGAGGAGCAAUCAAAGAUCAAACCGCUGAGAACGGAGCUCCGUCUAAAAGAUGCUGAAGCCGAAGCCUCCAGCGAGCAGCGUGAAGCUGGAGUCAUGUUCUCGCCUUCCUCUAAUGUCUCCAGGAUGGCAGCAAGGUCUCCCUCACCUCCAGCACCUUCACAACCUCCAGUUAGCGUUGCUGAACAAAGGCCUCAGCCCACCUCUGUAAACCUGGGCUCUAAACACUCGCCUGUGAAACCGCCGUCCAGACGUCCAGCUGUGGAAUCCGCUGGCUUCUCAACACCGACAUCAGCCGAUCAUGGACGUGCGUCAGGUGCUAAAAAGGGAAAGUAUUUGUCACCCGCCGACGCCUGCAGGAGUGAAACGAGGUCACCCUCUGUGAGGACUUAUCACAUCCCGGUGGAGCAGAUCGAGAGGGAGCUGAAUGACAUCGAGACAAACUUGGCUCAGUUGGAGAAGGAGGGCGUGGAGCUGGAGAAGAAGCUUCGCUGCUGCGAGGAAGAGGGAGAGGGCGACAUACUGAUGGACCCGCUGAUGGUUGACUGGUUCAAGCUGAUUCGAAAGAAGCAGAUGAUCAUUAGAAAAGAGUCCGAACUUGUAUACAUAGCCAGGACUCAGGAACUGGAGCAGCAGCAGCCAGGUGUGGAGGGCGAACUUCGCCGGCUGCUGGAAAAGCCAGAUCACUUAAAGUCCGGAGACGAGCGACAGCAGGAGACGCUGCUGAUGCAGAGGCUGGUGGAGAUCGUGAACGGCAGGAACGCCAUCCUGGAGGGUCUGGAUGAGGACCGGCUCAGGGAGGUGGAGGAGGAUCAGCAGUUGAACGAAAUGAUGAAGAAUCUUGGUGUAAAGAAAGCAAAAAGUAAGAGGAAAACCUCCAUCUCAAAACUCUUCAGGCGAAGAAGUAAGAGACGAGUGGAAUGACCUGCAAGGUUUUUAUAUUUGUAUUUUAUUCACUAAACUUGUUUUAUAAUAGCUAAAUUAAUAUUCUUUAGAUACAUUUGAAGGUGUUUUCUAUAUCAAUUGCAUGUGUACAAAUUGGAGGUGAGGCUAAAAUAUGUUGUUAUGAGGAGAAAUGAUGUGGGUUUUUUGUGGAUUUUCACGUUUAGAGAAUAUAAAUAUAAAAUUAUAUUUGGUUCACCUUCAGUUCAUGGUUUGGUUGUAAUUUAGGGAGAGAAUUCUGUACGUGUUAGGGUUUGUUUUGCUUACGUCACAAGGAGUGACUCUGUUUUUUUCACAUUUCACGUUUAUUUUUUACAGGCAAAAAAAAAACCACACGUUUAAUAAUUGCCAUGAAUUAUUCACUUGUAUGGGUCACAAGAAAUGUCACAAUUUAUAUAUUUAUAUAUAUAUAUAUAUAUAUAUAUAUAUAUAUAUACAUAUAUUUAUAUUUAUAUUUAUGUUCUGUAUUUAUUGAGUUAUUGGAACGAGGGUUCUAAUUUAUGAGGUGAGCAAAUUAAAAUGCGCUUGGUCAGAAAGAAAAAAAUGGAUGUUGAGAGUCAAAAUUAACUCUCACAAAGUGUAAAUUACACAGGGAGCACUGGCUGCUCCGAGUGCAAAUAGGAAGGCGGGAGAAAUAAAGAGUGUAAUCCUUCAGCCGUCUCUGAAAAAUGAAAUUAUUUCACUAUUUAUUUAAUAAUGGAUUUUAACAAAUUUCCUGUAAAGGAUAUUAGCAGCAGGAAAGAGCCUCGACAAUUAAGUUUGAAUGACUGUGUAGUGUUGGAGGGGGCUGGUUAAAAAAAAAAAAAAAAAUAAAGAAUGUGUUGGAGCCACACAUGUUGAGCUGCCUUGUUGCUGCUGCUGCUGCUGCUGCUCCUCCUCUCUCGUGCUGUACUGUAGGUGGCAGCCUGGGUAUGCUGAAUCGCACGGCGACAACUCGGGGAAUCCAAUUUGCCACAGUGCAGGCGACAGUUAAUUUCUUUUUGCUAAUUUUAUAAAUGCUGCAAAAGUGUUUUGGGGGGCUGCGCUGAUGCAGUAAUGUUAUGUGGAAGAAGGAGAGGAUUAGGUGGAGCCAGUUAUAGCUUAUGGCCGCGGCGAAGGCUUAUAAAACUAUAGGUUGUACCGAGCGCUUUAUCUUCAAACCUGGUUUAAUUAAACAUUACUCUUUACACUAAUAUCUGCAUCACAAUUGCUCGGCACCUGAGCUAUUACUGAGUUGAAAGGGACGUGUGGUGGUUAUUUCUGUAUUUAUUUUUUUAAAGGAAACGGAAUGGAAUGUUGCAUUUUUAGAAGUGUUAUUCAAGGGCGUGUACUUGUACUCCUAUUUUCUUCUUCUUUUUUAACUUGUUGUCCAAUAAAUCCUUUGAAGAUUA